AUGAGUAAAAAAAAACGAGCGAAUCAACAAAAGAGGAAAAAAAAAACAGAGAAAAAGAAAAAUGUAAAGUUACAGAAUGAAAAAAAUUACAACAAUGUAGAAUCCGAAAGAGGAGGAAUUACCUAUUCAUUGAUAAAUGAUUAUCAUGACACGAACUUUAAAAAAAAUUUUUAUAUAAAAAGCAUAAGAACAGAUGGUAACUGCUUAUUUAGGGCUGUGUCAGAUCAAUUAUAUAAUCAUGAAGAGAAUUACAAAGAGAUAAGAAAAAAAGUGGUGGAACAUUUAUUGAAAAAUGAAGAACUGUAUAAGAAUUUUAUUGAGUAUGAUGAAAGUUAUAAAUCGUAUAUAGAAAGAAUAAGUUUAGAUGGGACGUGGGGAGGACAAUUAGAACUUCAAGCCGUAGGAGAAAUUUACAAAGUUAAUAUUUUAAUAUAUCAAGAGAAUGGUUGUAUACUUGAAAUUAAAAAUCACAGCGAUGAUAAUAAAUGUAUACAAUUACAUUAUGCUUCUAGUGAACAUUAUAACAGCGUGAGGUUUAAAAAUAGGGCCCUAGAUAACGAAUUAAAAUCGAUACUAGACCUAAGAGAAAUACUAAAUAAUAAAGAAGAUAAUGAUUCCACCAAAACCUUUUACGAAACUACAGAAAACGAACUGACGGAUGAAAAUGAAAGUGCUCAAUCUAAUAACAUAAAAUUUAUUAAUAAAAAAUGUGAUGAGAAUCAUAGGGAAUAUUAUUAUAACAAGUUGUUAAAGGAAGAAGAUAAUUGCUAUGAUUAUAUUGAAAGGAAAAAAAAUGGAAAUAAUAUUUUUUGUUUUAGUGAUUAUGAAGAUGAUAAUAAUUUAACAUCUUAUAAUGUUCUACAGAAAAUUCAUAACAAUAUUAAAAUUAAUCGGAAGCAUGGUCGAAGUAAAAGUAUGCCAAAUAUUAAUGAUAAGUUUUUAUAUUUUUUUUCGAAGAAUAAUCGAAAUGAUAAGGUAGAAAGCGAUAGCACGAUAGAUAACAUGAAUAAAAAGAAAAGUAUAGAAAAAAAGAAGACUAAAAAAAAUGUAAAAAGGAAAAUUAAUUUUGUUCGAUAUAAGUCAUCAGGAGGAAUGUAUUAUUAUACACAAUAUGACAAUAAUAAUAAUGAUAAUAAUAAUAAUAAUAAUAAUAAUAAUAAUAAUAAUAAUAAUAAUAAUAAUAACAAAAAUGAGGAUAUCUUAAGAAGUGAUGAUAAUAAUGAUAAUUCUAGUAGUAGUGACAGCUUAUGUCUGGAUAACGUUUUUUCUAUGUAUCUUUUUAAUAAUUAUGUAGAUAGAAGUAAAACACCAAUCGUCAGAUUUUAUUUUGAUAAGUUAUUUUAUAAAUAUUUGUGUUUAUCAAGUGUUAUGCAUAUAGAUCAUAUUAAUAAUAAAUGUGAUAGUAAUAAAUAUUAUGAUAAUAUAGGCCAUACUAAUAGUCUUAAUAAUAAUAAUAAUAAUAAUAUUAAUUUUAGUGAGAAUUACAAUUUAUGGAAUUUGAACUACCCUCCAAAUCAUCCAUUUAACAAAAAUAAUAAUUUCUUAGAUGAAAGUAAUUUAUCCAAAAUAGGUUAUAUAUCACAUUAUGAAGUGAAACAUAAUUUUAUUAAAUAUAAGAAAAAGGAUGAUGAAGAUUUUACAAAUUUUUAUAGUGAAAAAAUUUUAUAUAACACUGAAAAUGGUUGCCAAGAUAUAUUAUAUAAGAACUCAUAUAUUGAUGAUAAUUCUAUAAGUCCUAAUGAUAUAAAAAAUAAAAAAAGUUUUAAUAACAAUUAUUUAUAUGAUGAUUCACAUGUUAUAAAUCAUUCAGAUAUUAAUCAUAGUUAUUAUAAAAGCGGGAACCCAUUUUAUUCUUUAUAUAUGAAAGGAGAUGCCUCACAAGAUGUGAACAAUAAAAUAAAUACAUUCAAAAAUAAUGAUAAUAUAAAUGGUAAUCAAAUUAAUGUUUAUAAUAUGAGUGUCAAUAAUAAUAUUGACACUCACCAGAGCACUUGUAAAAACAACACUGUUUAUAUAGAAAAAGACAUAAAAUGUGUAAACAAUUUAUUUAAUAAUAAAAAGGAGAAACAUUUUAAUUAUUAUCCAUACGGUGACAGGAUUUUUAAUAUUAUUAUUGAUGAAUAUGUUAUAAGCAUGGAAAGCGAUUUGUUAUGUUGUUAUAUAGGUAAUAAAUAUAACAAUAUAUUGAUAAGAUCAAAAAGUAAUCCAAACGGAAAGAGUGAAUAUAACAUUGAUGAGAAUAUAUAUUCGACAUAUGCUACACAUAUUAUUGAAAAUAAUAAUAGGAACAAUGAAGAGGGAUCAAACAAUGAUAUAAAUACUUCAAAUGUAAAUAUCGAAAAUAAUAAUAUUGGUGAUUCUCAUCAAGAUAAUCAUAGUAGAAAUACAACAAGUACAAAUAUAACAAAAGAUCAACAAACAAUUUUACAUUUAAAUUCAAGAGAUUUAUCUAUGAAAAAAAAAUAUCAACAUAAAAAAUUUAUUAAUAUGUUUUCUAAAGAUUUUUAUUCAAAAGGAUUAUUCCAAUAUUUAAAUGCUGAUUUUAUUUUGAAUGAUGAUAAAAUAAAAUACAUUAUACCAUUUUUUUCAAAUCAUAACAAAAUUAAUAUAUUUAAAAAAAACAUUGAUAGUAAUGAUAUGUAUUUAUAUAAUUAUCUAAUGUUCUAUUUUUAUUUAAAUAAAGACAAAAUAUUAAAUAAAUGGAAGUGCUCAAAAAAUUUAUAUGAAGAAUUCCUAAUAAAAGAAAAACAUAAAUAUUAUAAAUUUAUUAAGGGAAAAAAAUAUACAUCCUCUAUUAAAAGUAGGGAUGACCAAGGAGUUAAAAUUAUAUCUAUAUGA